AGAGAGAGAGAGAAGAGAAAAGAAAAUGCCAGACGAAAUUGUCCUACUGGACUUUUGGCAUAGUCCGUUUGCAAUGAGAGUGAGAAUCGCAUUAGCAGAGAAAGGGAUAGAGUAUGAAUCGAAGGAAGAGGAUUUGAGCAACAAAAGCACUCUGCUCCUAAAGAUGAAUCCAGUUUACAAGCAAAUCCCAGUGUUGAUCCAUAAGGGCAGACCCAUUUGUGAAUCCCUCGUCAUCUUCGAAUACAUCGACGAGGUUUGGCCUCACAAGCCCCCUCAGCACCUGCUUCCUUCUAAUCCUUAUGACAAAGCUAACGCCAAGUUCUGGGCCGACUAUGUCGACAAAAAGAUAUAUCCGACUGGGAAGCUUGUAUGGGGAGCAAAAGGCGAGGUCCAAGAAGCUGGAAAGAAGGAGAUAAUUGAGAACUUUAAGGAGCUUGAAGGAGAGCUGGGAGAGAAGCCUUAUUUUGGAGGUGAGAGCUUUGGGUUCGCAGAUGUGCCACUAAUCCGAUUCUACUCAUGGUUCUAUGCAUUGGAAGCUUGUGGGGAUUUCAGCAUUAUUGAAAACUGCCCAAAGCUGGUUGCUUGGACCAAAAGAUGCAUGCAAAGGGAUAGUGUUUCCAAGUCUCUGCCCGACCAAUACGAAGUCUAUUGCUUUCUCAUGGACCUGAAGAAGAAGUUUGAAUCCAAAUAA